AUGCAUCUCGGUGACAGAGGCGAGAAGCAAGUCAAGGUCGACUCGGCCGACGCCGGCAGCUCCCAGCAUGUGCGAGACUUGGACAUGGGACAUCUCCACCGGCGGCUUCAGAACCGUCAGAUCCAACUCAUUGCUGCCGGCGGUUCCAUCGGCACCGCCCUCUUCAUCAGCAUCGGCGGCGGCCUUGCCAAAGGCGGCCCGGCCAGCCUCCUGAUCGCCUACACGCUGUACUCGGUCGUGCUGUCCCUGGUGAACAACUCGAUUGCUGAGAUGAGCACCUACAUGCCUGUGGCGGGUGGCUUUGUUCGGCUUGCUGGGUACUGGGUCGACGACGCUCUGGGCUUCCUGGCCGGCUGGAACUUCUUCCUCUACGAGGCUUUGCUCAUUCCGUUUGAGAUCACGGCUCUCACCUUUGUCAUUUCCUUCUGGAACGGGAACGUGACAAGCCCGGGACCGACGGCCGGCGUCUGCGCUGCUGUCAUUAUAUGCUACGGCCUUCUCAAUGUUCUUGCCGUUCGCUUCUACGGCGAGGCUGAGUUCUGGCUCUCCGGCGGAAAGCUCAUCUUGAUCUUCAUCUUGUUCGCCUUCACCUUUGUCACCAUGUGUGGCGGCAACCCCCGGCAUGACGCAUAUGGCUUUCGGCACUUCUCCAACCCGGGAGCCUUUGCCACUUAUCUCGGUGACGGAGACUUGGGUCGGUUCGAGGGUUUUCUCGCCUGCCUCUGGAGCGCCUCCUUCUGCGUCGUCGGCCCAGAGUACAUCUCCAUGGUGUCGGCAGAGGCUCAGCGGCCGAGCGUCUACAUCAGGGCCGCCUUCAAAACCGUCUACUACCGAUUCUGCAUCUUCUUCGCCGUCGGCGCCCUGGCUGUCGGGAUUGUCUGCGCCUACAACGACCCGACGCUUGUCGAGAUCUGGUUCGGAAGCGGCUCGACAGGCAGCGCAGCCGCCUCGCCGUACGUCAUUGCCAUGGAGUCCCUGGGCGUCAGCGUCCUGCCGCACAUUGUCAACUUCCUGAUCCUCACGUCCAUCUUCUCCGCCGGCAACACGUAUACAUACGCCGCUACUCGCGCCCUCUACUCCCUGGCCCUGGAAGGCCGUGCCCCCAAGUGCCUGCGCUACUGCAACAAGAGCGGCGUUCCCGUCUGGUGCUUCUGCGUCGUCAUGUGCUUCCCCCUUCUCUCCUUCCUGCAGGUGGCCAACGGAUCGGCCAAGGUCCUGGGCUGGCUCAUCAGCAUCGUCACGGGCGGCGGCCUCAUCACCUACCUCGUCAUGUCCAUCACCUACCUCAACUACUACAGGGCCUGCAAGGUGCAGGGCGUCAGCAGGAGAGCAGAGCGGCCCUACUACGGAUACUUCCAGCCCUACUGCGCCUACAUCGCGCUCGCUGUCCAGGGUCUGGUCGCCCUCACGUACGGGUACUACGCGUUCCGGCCCCGGUGGGAUGUCCAAGUCUUCUUCCAAAACUACUCGAUGCAGAUUUUGGCCGUGCUCCUCUUUGUUGGGUGGAAGCUGCUCAAGAAGACUCGCUACAUACCCCCCGGCGAGGUCGACCUCGUCUGGCAGCGACCCGAGAUCGAGGCCUAUGAGAAUACUUUUGACGAGCCGCCGGUUGGCUUCUGGGCCGAAAUGGCUCAGAUUGUGGGCUUUCGACGACAUUCCAAGUCUCGUGGACAUGUCUAA